AUGAGAUUCACCGAUUCUGUUAUUCUUUCUGUCGCUUUAGCCUCAGUCGCUCAAUCUGCUGCCGUCGGUAAAUUAUGGCAAGAAUCUCCUUCUGGUACCAUCAGAAGUGCUGAUGAACCAGCUCCACCAAGCUCUGCUCCAGAAUCAUCUGUUGCUGCUUCAUCCGAAGCUGUUGCAUCUGCAGCUGUUCCAUUAAGUUCUGCUGAAUUCCCAACUAUUGAAGCUCCAUCUGCUAUCCCAUCCGCCCCAGCACCUUCUUUACCAGCAUUAGAUUUAUUCAAAAGAGAUAACUCUACUAUUCCAUCUGCUCCAGUUUCUGCUCCAGCUCCUUCUGCUGCCGCCGACUACCCCGCUGUUGGUUUCUUUAAGAGAGAUAACUCUUCUGUUCCAGUUCCACCAUCUGCUCCAGCUCAAUCUGCUUCAGUUCCUACCGAUGCUCCAGCUGAUAAUGCACCUCCAGCUGCCGAAAGAAGAGGUUUAUUUGAUUUCUUAAACCUUGGUGAUGACUCAAAAUCUUCUUCUGCUCCAGCUGCUGCAAAGAGAUAUUUAUCAGUCCCACCACCACCACCAUCCCCAUCAUCUAGUGUUGUUUCAUCUGCCACCGCACCAUCUGUUUCUAUUCCAUCUGAUGAAGCUCCUACUGCAGCUGCCGAAGAAAGAAGGGGUUUAUUUGACUUUUUGGGUGGUGCUGAAUCUGCUGCUCCAACUUUAAUUUAA